AUGGAAGCACCACGAAACCCGUACGCGCCACGGAGCUCUGGCAGGCAGAAUGCGGGCAGGCGCGCAGACGACGGCGACAUGGUAUUCUACGACAACCCGCCCCGUGCAACCGGCGUGGGUAACCCGGGCAGCGCUUCGGCUCAUGUCGGUCACCCGGUUGAUCGCGAACAUCGACACGUUGACGUCACGGAGGGAGACCCUGAGACAGAGGUGGUCGAAGGCGAGAAUGUGCAUUCAGACUCAGGCGAUGCUGCUAACCACGAUGAUGUUGAUGAGGAAUUUGAAGAGGCUAAUGCACAACAGAGGCCUCUCGGUGAUGUGAACCAGGCUGCGCUGAACGUGGUGACCACGACUCCAUGUGCACGUGGCCCGGUCAUCGCUGGCAAUGCUUCGGCUGGCGCGACCGCUGUGCCACGGGCCCCGCCGGUCGACGCGGCGCUGGCGGCGCGACUGGCCGCUCGCGAGCGCGAAGUGCAUGAACUGCGCUCCCAACUGCGCCAGACGGAGGCGAGGCGCACCCCGGGGCCAGCCCGUCCGGCUCCGGCAGCCACAGACGCUCCGCGCCCACGGCGUUCCGCGAAUGUGGCACCUGUGGCAACCGUGAACGCAGCCAACUUGGAGCCUCCACUCGACCCACCGAGGACUCCGUUCGUCGCGCGCGCACUUGCACGGGAGACUGUGGCGACUGUUGGACGCCAUGGUGCACCUACCACGAGCCUUAUAUAUUGGGCGGAUACGCUAGAGAUGGCUCACCGUGGUCUGCCUGGGCUGGACAACGGAUGGAAGGAGGCGGUACGUGACGGCAUCGUGAUUCUGGCGUACGACACUCGCGUGGGCCGAAUGACCUUCUGGCCGCCGCAACAGCUUAUGGAGUCUGUGCUCUGCCGCACACUUAGGCUGAACACGCGCGCCCAAAAGCACAUGCUGCAUCUCGUCAUGAUCAACGACCCGGCACGCUCAGGCUGGUUUGUACGCAAGAUGCAGCUCUAUCGCAACAGCAGAUGGGAGCAGGGGAGGGCGUACAUUUACGUACUGCUAGGCCUGCCGUACGAUCCUCCUACUUUUUUUAGAGUCACGGUUCCGACCCUGCCUCAGGGUCUCACUGUGGCGCCAAUUUCACGUCUGGAGUUCACGACCACGCAUCGGGCUGGUAAGUAG